AUGACGUGGGAGAGGAACGAGACGUGAUUGACAGCUGGGAGCGGAGCCUCCUUACUGGGUGUGUGAGAGCCCUUGCUGAGGCUCUGAGACCCUCAGAAAUCGAAAGUGCUGCAAGGAUGAAAAGAAAGGGCUCAGUUUCUGAAGAUGUUGAAUUUACUUUUACACCACUGGUGAUCUUAGAGCUUGCCAAAGAUACUCCAGAGGAGACAACAGAAUGGCUCAUUCAAAAAAUCAAAGAUGGAAAGCACUUGAGUGGUGCCCAUUUGAGUAUCAGACCUUUGGAGGAAAACUCCAAAGUAUAUGUUAUUGGAGCAUCUUGGAGAAGGUUACUGCUUGGAGCUGAAAGCUUGGGCUUCGUUAAGGAAUUUCAGGAUGGAUCAAUGAGAGUCUUUACUUACAACAAUAGAGAGGAUUACAAGCAUUUUACAGAUGAUGACAGUGAUUUUCUGACAAUGACAGAAAAGCAGUACAUCAUCAAACGUGAAUUGGAAAAUCUGAGGGCAGUAAAUGAGACCAUGGUCCCUGGUCACCCACAAGCCAAACUCUACCCUGGAAAAUCAAUCUUUCGCCGUUUGCAAACCAGUGGAAUUCUAAUUCAACUCUAUCCCCUACAUGAACCAGCAGAACUUAAAAAGCUCAGUUUUAUCUGGUAUCGGCAAGUAAAGUUUUCUUUUCAGCCUCUUGAUGAGAUCCAGAAAUACUUUGGACAGAGCAUUGCGCUUUAUUUUGCUUUCUUGGAGUAUUUCACCUUUGCUUUGUUUCCCAUGGCUGUAAUUGGAGUGCCUUACUAUAUAUUUGCAUGGGAAGAUUAUGACAAGUAUAUAGUGUUUGCCACUUUCAACCUUGUGUGGUCAACCAUUGUCCUGGAAGUCUGGAAGCGUUGGUGUUCUAGACUUUCUUAUAAGUGGGGGACACUGACAAUGAAGAGGGAGUUUGAAGAACCUCGGCCUGGCUUUCAUGGCACGUUGGGAGUGAAUCCAGCAACUGGCAGAAAGGAGCCUGUAUAUCCUUCUUACCGGCGGCAGCUGCGUAUCUACUUGGUUUCAGUGCCUUUUGUCUGCUUCAGCCUCUACAUCUGUAUUGUUGUUAUGAUGAUCUACUUUGGAAUGGAGGAUCUGGUUUUAGCCUAUAAUGAAGAGGCUCAAUCAAUGUUCAGCAGUAGCUUGCUGUAUCUCCCUAGUGUUGUUUAUGCUUUAGUUAUUGAAAUUAUGAAUCGAAUUUACAGAUAUGCUGCCACAUUUUUAACUUCAUGGGAAAACCACAGGCUUGAAUCAUCUUAUCAAAAUCAUUUAGUUUUGAAAGUGUUGGUGUUCAAUUUUGUGAACUGUUUUGCAUCCCUUUUCUACAUUGCAUUUAUUCUUCAGGAUAUGAAACUUUUGAGACAGAAUCUGGCUGCCUUACUCAUUACCUCACAAAUAAUCAACCAAUUUGUGGAAUCCUUGUUUCCUUAUUGCCUUCAAAAACACCGCAAAAAGAUUAUCAAGCAGAAGCUUAGUAUAUCAACUGAAGAAAAAGAACCGUUAACUGAUCAAGUCAAGCUGGAAGGGAAAAUGGACACAUUCUUGGGAACAUUUGAUGAUUACUUGGAAUUGUUCCAACAGUUUGGCUAUGUCAGUCUUUUCUCGUGUGUUUACCCUCUGGCGGCUAUAUUGGCAGUUUUGAACAAUAUCACCGAAGUAUUUUCUGAUGCCCUGAAAAUGUGUCGUGUCUUCAAACGGCCAUUCUCCCAGCCUGGAUCUGAUAUUGGAGUCUGGUUGCUGGCUUUUGAAACAAUGGGAGUUAUUUCAGUGAUGACCAACUGUGCACUGAUUGGGAUGUCUCCCCAAGUGAAGAGUUUCUUUCAGGGAAAAAGCAUAGAGCUUGUCCUAUUAAUUGUGGGUGUGGAGCAUGUACUGUUGGGUCUGAAAUUCAUCCUGGCAUUUGCCAUCUCUGAUAUACCAAGAGACAUUCGUAAUAAAGUCGCCAGGCUGGAAUUUGAGUCCAUGGAAGCCCUCAAACAAAAGCAAAUGAAGGAAGCUGAUGAGUCCCUCAAAAAGGAACAGCAAAAGGAUGAAAUGAGAAAAGAAAACCAAGUCAAGAAGAUUUAGUGUAAAGUGAAUAUGACGGACCUUAAUCAACUUAAGCUAUACACCAAAAUGUAUUAUCAAUAAGUAAUGGGUGUGAAAAAUAUGUAUUGCGUGAAAACUCUACAAAGCAUGGUGCUAAAUAUAAUCAAUUCUCUUGUAAAUUUAUUCACUAAUUCUCGCAUGAAGUGUUACCAUUUAGUUUAUGCAUCUAAAAUAUAUAAACCUAUUUUCACUGUAGAAUAAAGCAUUAAUCAGGAUGUGUGUGUGUGUAUGUAUGGAUAACCAAAAGGAGAUUUAUCCCAGAUGACCAACGUUUCAAGCGGACAGCUAGCAAUUUUCCCAGUAAUUGGCUACGUGCAGUGUGAAUGCUCGGAACAUGAGUCGGUAAAAAUUUCAACUGCUCUUUAUCUUGAAUUUGUAAAAGAUGGAAUGAUUUGAGAUUUUAUUUUUAAAAAAACUAUAAAUCAUAAAUACGAAUACACUACUUGAACUUCUAGCACUAUAAUUUAGCAGAGUGUAUUGGAGCAAGUGACUUUUAAAUCAAACUGCUGAUAUUAAAGUCAUUGUAAAUUAA